AUGCAGCUCCUGGUGAGGGUGCCGUCUCUUCCGGAGCGGGGCGAGCUGGACUGCAACAUCUGCUACCGGCCCUUCAACCUCGGGGACCGCGAGCCCCGCCGCCUCCCCGGGACGGCGCGCGCCCGCUGCGGCCACACGCUCUGCACCGCCUGUCUGCGCGAGUUGGCGGCGCGUGGCGACGGCGGCGGGGCGGCCGCGCGCGCAGUGAGUCUGCGCCACGUCGUCAUGUGCCCCUUCUGUCGCACGCCCACCCUGCUCCCGCGCGGCAGGGUCACUGAAGUCACUGUCAACCCGGACUUGUGGUCACGCUUGGAGGCAACAGAGCGGGCCGCGCACGAAUCUAAUGGGGCGGGUGGUCCGGUUCGGGAAAGCGGUGAUGCGGCCGAGAGGCCGUGACUAGGAAACGGAGAGAAGGGGGCGGGGCCUAGGAGCGCGGGAUGGCGUGAGCUCCUGCGGCCCUGGGCCCGGGUGCUAGCACCCGCGCGCAGGUGGCGGCGGCCGCUGCCUAGCAACGUGCUGUACCGUCCACAGAUCAAGGACUCGGCCCACAUGACCCGCUGCACGCUGUAACCGCGGAACCCUGAAGCUACGGCAGAAGAAAGGUGGGAGCUGCAUUCUCGGGGCGCGCUGUACUACGAGGAACUGGUGCCAAGCCCACCCCCUGUCAUGUCCUGGAGUGUCACGGAUGAGAGAGGUGAGCCAAGGGCAGAAGGGAACGCCCUGGGAGGUGUUGAUGCUGCGCUGGGGAGGCUCCUAGACGAAUCGCCCCCAUCUACCGACUGUGCAAGCCUUGCAUAUUCAGGAUGGAAUGGCCCAGGGAGGAUAGAAACAAAGUCUACGUUCCCGUGGGAAGCAGACAAUUUCCCUAGCUGUGACUUUGGCUUUUGUCCAGGGCAGCUCUGAUGUGUGGGAGCAACAGGUCCCAUUUUAGCAAUUCUGUGUCAAUGAUUUGAAAGUUUAAAAAAGAUGGAACGGGAGAGAAGAGGCUGAUUUCCAUGUCAUAUUAAUCUCACUUCUCUAGCACCUAAGAGAACUGAGAAAAAUAAACCGUACCCACCCUACUCCCUCCGCUGGUAUGCCUACUAGUGUCCCCCUUCCCAGUACUGUGUUCCUAAAAUUGUCAAGAUGCAUCCCCACCUAUGAGAUUAGGAGCCUCGCUUCAUUUCAGAAUCUCCCUUCAACCUGUUGGGGCAGGUAUGACGACGUCCAGAGGGCAUCUAUCCGAGUCACCUCACUAGGGCCUGUCAAGGGGAGGAGGGAGAGCCAUUUGGCUAUGGCAGUGGAUUGUAAACUUCUGAUAUUAUUUUUACAGCCACAAGGAAACACUGUCACUACUGAAAAAAGAUGCUCAUCAUACAAUUUUAAACUUGUGUCCCAUAUUUAGACAUCACCUAUUUCAGGGCAGGGGUUCAAUUUAAAAGUCCUGUUCGUAUCUUGUGAUCGUAGAGUUACAGUCAAGGACCAGCAGCAUCGGCAUGACUGGAGCUUGUUGGAAGUGCAAAAUCUCAGGAUUUCACUUCUGACUUACUGAAUUAGACUCUGCAUUUUAACAAGAAUCCCAGGUGAUCCAUUUAAGUAAAAAUUUAAGAAGCACUGGUCCAGGUCCUAGACUAUGUUACAUUUUCCCCUGAGUUAAAAAGGGAGAACUUAUUAAGAAUAAACCCCAAUUUUUCUAACUAUGUUUUUACCUUUUUCCUUUCGUUAAGUCUCAGCUUAAAUAUUCCCUCUUUGGGGAGGUCUUUCUCGGCUUUCAAUCUGGUGUAGCCCCCUCCCUCACCCUCUGUAAUACAAUGCCUUGUUUUAUUUUUUCACUACUUUUAUUUUCUGAUAUGUGUUUUGUUGGUGUCCUGCACUACAGUGUAAGCUCCAUGAUAGCAGUGACUAACUUGUGACUGUUGUAUCUCCAAGGGCAACAGCAGUGUUUUUAACAUGUACUCAAUAAAUGCUUGUUGGAAUUACA